AUGGUCUACAAGCGCAAGCGCAAGAACAAGGAGGCGCGGAGGUUUCCAGCGCGCAAGCUGCAAAAGGCAGCCGGAGCAGCAGCUGUUGCUGCAGCACUCGUACCCGUUGGCGUCGAUGAAGAAGGCGCCGCUGUGCAGCACUGCGAUGCCGGCUUCUCCUCAACACUGUCGGCCGGCGACAAGGCUGUAUCCUGUGCGCCGGUGACCAUCAAUGGCACGCGCGGGAACGCUGCUGCUGCUCCUGCUCCUACUGGGUUGCCCACGGAAGCAAACGUGAUAUCAGCACACGGGGAAAAGAUGUCCCAGGAAAAACAGAGCGAGAAGCAGCAGCAGGAGCAGCAGCCAGGCACUUCUGGUUACCAGUGCUGCUCGGACACCUCAGACCUCCUAUACUCUGCCCCACCCACUCCGGCCGACUUGGCCCGCUGGAGUGUAGCAAGCGGUGCUGCUGGACCUCUGUCUGUACUGGCGGCCGCCCACCUGCCAUGCAUACCAGGUCUCACCUCCUGCAGUCCUCAAUGCGGGGAGGGUGGAACCGGCGAGGGUCACUAUGUCGCCUACCUUCUCUCAGAGCAGCUGAGUAACGACACCACGAUGCCAACGACGAUGUGGGGGGUGUACUCCCUGCGCACUGGGGACUGUCUGCAAGUGGUACACUGGCAUCACAGCCCUGCCGCACACGCUCCACCUGUCACUAACGGUGGCCUGCACCCAUCUCCGACCUCCCUUCAUGCGCAGCAGACGAGGGAACUCAUCAUGCACGUCGACUCCACCGGUUUGUGCUUCAUGCUUGCUCCCUCCUCGCUGGUGUCCGUGGAGGGUGGCGGCGCGGCGGGCUGCAUGACACCAGCCUCGGUCUCCUCCGACCCAGACGCAGCCGCAGCAGAAGCGGCGGCGUCGAGGGACGUCUAUUGGUUGAUACCCUCCGUGAUGAAGGAGAGCUUUUUUGCGCUUCUCCAGGCCCAGGAGUGGCUACGCGCGGUACCGCCUCGCCACCCAGCUUCCGAGGCAUGUACCCGCCGCCUCGAGUGUCAAGGCUGGUGUGUUCAGCCCCACCCAACGCGGUGGGCGAGUGUCACGCCGUCUGUGGAGACAACUGCUCGUCCGGCCGAAGCGUGUGAGUCGCACGAGUCACCAUCGCCGCCAGCUGCCGCACUGCCGGCGCCAAAACACAAAGCGAAGAAGACAAAGAAGCAACGCGGUUCACCGUCGCCACGCGCGCAGCCGCAGCAGCGGCCAUCCAUCGUGGCUGCUGCGACUCCGUUGCAGAACACGGAGAGUACCACGCCCUCCAGACUUGCCUUUCAUGACGCAAUGCCGCCGUCGCUGUUCCAGUACCGGAUUCCGUACGUGGCGGCAGUGCAACAACUUCAGAAGAGCCGCAGCGGUGCACCCGAGUCCCACUUGCCGUUGACGGCAGUGCCAGCAGCGGCUGUAACACCGGUGGUUCUCCUCCUCGGUAAUCGCAUCGCCCCAUACCCGGCCGAUGGAGCGUGCGGCGCAAGGACGUGA